AUGGGAAACUACACGACGUGGAGUAAUUUCACCCAAGUUCUGUCGGAGCUCGACGGGACGGGCGGCGCGGAAGAGGAGGACGAGGAGGAGGACGCCGGGAUCGGCGGAGGGAGCGGCGGACUGCGCGUCCUCGUCGGCUGCGUCCUCUUCCUGCUCAUCGUGUCCACGCUGCUCGGGAACACGCUGGUGUGCGCCGCCGUGGUCAAGUUCCGGCACCUGCGCUCCAAAGUCACCAACUUCUUCGUCAUCUCGCUGGCCGUGUCUGACCUGUUCGUGGCCGUGCUCGUGAUGCCCUGGGAAGCCAUCACGGAGGUGACGGGCACGUGGCUUUUUGGACGGUUCUGUGGCGUCUGGAUCGCCUUUGACAUCAUGUGCUCCACAGCCUCCAUCCUCAACCUGUGCAUCAUCAGUGUGGACCGCUACUGGGCCAUCGCCAGCCCCUUCAAGUAUGAGCGGAAAAUGACUCACCAGGUGGCGUUCGUCAUGAUCGGGGUGGCGUGGACGCUGUCGAUCCUCAUCUCCUUCAUCCCAGUGCAGCUCAACUGGCACCGGGCCGGGGAGGAGGAGGAGGACGCAAUUGAAGAGGCGGUGGCAACAAUGGCGGCCAGCGGCAGGAACUUCACAAACAGCAGCAACCACAGCGCCACUGUCGCCAAGAGCUGCGUCGCCAACUUAAACAAAACCUACGCUAUAUCCUCAUCCCUCAUUAGCUUCUACAUCCCGGUGGUGAUCAUGAUUGCCACUUACACCCGGAUCUACCGCAUUGCUCAGACCCAGAUCCGCCGGAUCACAUCGCUGGAGCGGGCAGCGGAGCAGGCGCAGAACCAAGGACACGGCAUGAACCGCAACCAGCAGCAGCAGCACAGGCCCAAUGAUGAAGCCUCACUGAAGUCGUCAUUCAAGAAGGAAACCAAAGUCCUGAAGACGCUCUCUAUCAUCAUGGGGGUGUUCGUCUUUUGCUGGCUGCCGUUCUUUGUCCUCAACUGCACUGUCCCCUUCUGCGACCCGCCCUGUGUCAGCGACACCACCUUCACCGUCUUCGUCUGGUUUGGCUGGGCCAACUCGUCCCUCAACCCCGUCAUUUACGCAUUCAACGCGGACUUCCGCCGGGCCUUCGCCACCAUUCUGGGUUGCAACAGGAUGUGCUCCAACAAUGCGGUGGAAGCUGUGAACUUCAGCAACGAGCUUGUUUCUUACCACCAUGACACGACGCUCCACAAGGAGGCGCUGGUCCCUGCGCAGCCGCAGCAACAUCCGCGCUCCAUCAACGUCGUGUCGGACCACCUGGAGGACAUGAGCGCGCAGUUUGACGAGGAGUCACUCAUCUCUAACGGUUCUCGGAACCACAACAGACUCCUGCUGCUUCCCGCCACCGUCCAGUUCGAGGAUGACCCGGAGAUCUCUUUGGAAACGAUCACGCCGUUCACCUCAGUGGAGGGGCUGGAGAGCGAUGCACUAAUACCUGGGCAAGUGCACCAGGAUGGAUAG